AUGCGAACGGCUAAGUCGAACAAGCGCAACUCUCGAACAGUACCACCAGCCCAAAUGGAGAAGAAGAAGGUGUCGCGAGCUGGAGAAAGCAAUGAAAGUAACAAGAAAUGCAUGGUGCUUCCUUGUAUGUUGAACAACAUCAAACAAUGCGAAAUGUGGCCAAUUCGCAUUGUACCGUUUGUGAAGCGCCUGGAGAGCGCGCCAUUUUGCAAAGCAAAACUGAGGAAACCGUUCUACGCACCAGCGGAUAUUAGAUUCUUGACCAUGAUAAAUCAGGAACGCAAUGUGAGAUUCACAUUAAAGAGAAAAAUAAGUAAUGCGUAUGGACAGCUGAUGAUUUCCGUGCUAAACUGCAAAGUAAUUAAGUAUUCGAUCGCCUUGAUGUGCACUAAAGACAGAGUUUCCAGGGGGCCCACAAACGACUUCUACAGUAUGCUCGGACGAUAUCAAGAAAGACCUCAAAAGAGAUUUCCAGCCGGCCUCUAUUACUCCCUUAUGGGCGAAGAUUUGACUGAAACAAAACCAAAGAGACCAAGAGACGAAGAUGACUACAUACUUCCCGACUACUAG